UUGAUGAAUCUUUAUAGCACAGCGCGUCUCUGCGUGUGAGUGCACAAUCGUCCAGAAUGGCUUCAGCUGUGUCGUUGUUGAUCUUCGUCCUUGCUUUGUGGGUCCAGCCUUCGAUCCAAUGGAGUGGACACUACUGUCCUUAUAACGCGGUUAACUAUGAAACACGGAGAGGACAAUGUAUAGCACGUUGUUGGUGGUGGAGGUGUUGUGCCUAUGGAUCUGUAACCGUACCCGUCUAUACCCGGCGUUAUAAGUGCUGUGCCGGAUGGAUCGACUACCGUGGAAACCAAAACUGCAACAGACCAAUCUGUUACCCCCUGUGUGCUAAUGGUGCAACAUGCUCGUCCCCAGGAAGGUGUACAUGCGGGACCGGAUAUACGGGAGCGUCAUGCACAGAACGUACUGGCUGAGCUGAGAGGACAACUCUGAGAACAACUUCCAUGAUCACCACCUUUCCUCUCACAUAAUAGGAAGCUAUGACAGAUUCUGUUUUUAAUGUAAACUAGAUAAUAUCAACUGUAUUGAAGAUGAAAUGCAUGUUCUCUUUGAUUUUAGAUUAUAUAAUGAUGCUAGAAAUAUGUUUAUUAUUCCAUUUAAAUAAUACUGUCAGCAAACAAAACUUAAUACACAUCCUUAACAGUAAAGAUAGAAAUAUUAUCAUAAAUGUUUUUAAUUUUUAAAAAUGUUUAGACCAGAGCUGCAAUUGACAAAGUAUAAACCUGUAACCUUUUAUGUGCGCUUGUUUCAACUUAGCAAUUUUAUUAAAUAUGGGCCUUUGGCCUUUAUACUGAAUAAAAUGUCUGUUGGUCUGUC